GCGAAAAAAAUAUUCGGCUCAGAAAUAACGUUGACGGCAAUAAACGAGUACCUCCUUAACAUGGCGGCGAUGUACCAUCAUGUAAAUACGACCACCGAAGAAGAACAACCCGGAAGUUAGCACAUCCAGCCAGCAGAGACAGGCAACCGUCAAUAUAACCGCCUAAUGAUGGCAGGUCAAGGUGAGCCAGAGCCCCCCAGCAUUAAAGAAGAAGAGGAGGAUGUGUGGACCGGUCAUGAUGUGGAGCAGGAGUCUAACAUGAGCAGUUUUCCUUUGACUGUUGUGCUUGUGAAGAGUGAGGACGACGUCGAAGCUCGGCCCUCGCAGCUUCUUCACAGCCCGAGUGAGGGGAAGAAAAGCAGCCGAGGAUUGCAAGGAGAACGAGGUGGAGAACCCAGUGAAGGCUCACAACCAGACAGCGUCGCUCCACUGUCAGAUAUGGAUGACGUGAUGUCACACUCAUCUGAUGACAUCACGGCUCAUAGCGAUGACGGCAGAGGACCUCCUGAGGAGAACAGCCAAUCUAAAAAACACUUCAGCUGCUCCGAGUGUGGGAAAGCGUUUGGCGACCGGGGGAUUUUGAACCGCCACAUGAAACGCCACACGGGAGAGAAACCUUUCGCUUGCUCAGCGUGUGGCAAAGCCUUCAGCCGGCGGGAUUGCCUGCUCUCCCACAUGCGGUGUCACGCCGAAGAGAAACCCUUCAACUGCUCGGUUUGCGUGCAAACCUUCCGCCACCCGCAGAACUUGCUCUCUCACCUGAGAUGUCACGUUGGCGACAAACCUUUUGGCUGCUCGCUGUGCGGCGCGAGGUUCUCUACCAAAGCACACUUGACGCGACAUGCCCGGACGCACACCGGAGAGAAACGCUUCAUUUGCUCUUUGUGCGACAAACGGUUCACCACAAAGGGCAAUGUGUUGCUACACAUGCGAACCCAUACAGGGGAGAAGCCGUACUCCUGCUCCGUUUGCGCUGGGACGUUCUCCACCAAGACACACUUGACGCGGCAUGCACGCACGCAUACCGGAGAGAAGCCUUUCGCAUGUUCGGUGUGCGACCAGAGAUUUUCCCUGAAGGAGAAUAUGUUGACGCACCUGAAAAAACAUAGCAGGGCGCCCCCGUUUGCUUGUGUCGCCUGUCAGGCCGCCUUCUCCAGCAGGAAAGAUAUGAUCGCCCACAAGCGCAUGCAUGCAGGAGAGAAACCUUUCGCCUGCUCGGUGUGCGCCAAAAAGUUCUCGAGCAAGGGAAACAUGAUGACGCACAUGAGGGGGCACACGGGGGAGAAACCUUUCACCUGCACGUUUUGCGACAAGGGCUUCACGAUCAAGGGGGACUUGAUGAGGCACAGGCGGACGCACACGGGCGAGAAACCGUUCAGUUGCCACGUGUGCGACAAAAGAUUCACUCGGAAGUGCCAUGUCAACAAACACAAAUGUUCUGGUGCACACAAUGACGCAAAGUGACUAGUUAAGGUGUUAAAAAUAUGCGUGCAACCAAUAUUUUUAAACGUGAGCCUCCUCCCUCAAAGAAGUCAACCAACCUGUUGUAGUACCAGGACUGACCUGUGAGAGGCAGCUUUGUACCACAAACUGGUGGAACUAUGAAGAAGAAACUUUUAGGAUGAUGUUCUGGAUAAUCUUGUUAAGGCAAUCGGGCCUUUGUCAACUUUUAUCGUAAGGGAGGAAAAAUGCUCAAGUUUGGCUUGAUUGUAUGUGCGCAUGUACAACAUGACUUUGGAACAAGCUCGGAAACUUUAGACAAGAUGAGAAAUGACUCUAAUGGUCGCCUUCGUCUAUUAUGUGGAGCCAGCGCUUUGCUUUCUGUGUACUGCAUACGUUGUUCUCAUUAAGACUGUCACAUGUG